CUUACGGCGGGUCCAUGGUGGAAGGGAAUUUGGAAUUAAAGGGAAAAUAUCUCGCUAAAUCGACCAUUCGAUUUUAUCUUAUAAGUAACACACAGUAUCUUAGCUUAUCAAUUAUUUAAGAAUGGAAAACGAAUGACGAGGUGUUUGCAGCGAGGCUGCAGUUGACUGACCGACUGAACAAUGGCUCAGUUUCCCACGCCCUUCGGAGGUGGCCUGGACGCCUGGGUGAUCUCUCUGGACGAGCGAGCCAAACAUGACCAGCAGUUUGUCAGCCUGGCCCCCUCACCAGCUGGCUACAUCACAGGUGACCAGGCCAGGAAUUUCUUCCUGCAGUCAGGCCUGCCCCCUCCCGUCCUGGCACAGAUAUGGGCCCUGGCCGAUAUGAACAAUGAUGGGAAGAUGGACAUGCACGAGUUCUCCAUCGCCAUGAAGCUGAUCAAGCUCAAGCUGCAGGGUCACCCCCUGCCCCCCUCUCUGCCCCCCUCCAUGAAGCAGCCGCCCCUCACCCUGCCCCCGCCACCCACCGCACCCUUCGGAAUGCAUGGUUUAGGGGUAAUGCCAGGCCUCCCAGCAGUCCCUCCAUUACCCAUGCCCCCUAUGCCAGGGGUGGGUAUGUCCCCCCCUCUGGUGUCGUCCGUGCACCCGUCUGUACCCCCCUUGGCCAACGGAGCGCCAAUGACGGGCUUCUCCCACCCAGCCACCACACUCAACAAAAGCUCUUCUUCCAACCGCUCCGGUGCCAAGAUGCAGGGCCAGUCUUUUGAGACUUCUAGCGCCCCUGUGCCCCCCCAGCCCCCCAUUGACUGGGCUGUUCCCAGCUCGUCCCGGCUAAAGUACCGGCAGCUCUUCAACAGCCACGACAAGAUGAUGAGCGGCCACCUCACCGGACCCCAAGCAAGAACCAUCCUGAUGCAAUCCAGCUUGCCCCAGACCUCGCUGGCAUCCAUAUGGAACCUGUCGGACAUCGACCAGGACGGCAAGCUGACGGCUGAGGAGUUCAUCCUGGCCAUGCACCUGAUUGACAUGGCCAUGUCCGGCCUGCCCCUGCCCCCUAUCCUGCCCCCGGACUUCAUCCCCCCCACCUUUAGGAGGGUACGUAGUGGUAGCGGGGUGUCUGUCACCAGCCUGCACUCCACUGACCAGCGGGUCCAAGAGGAGGCCGAAGAGGAGCAGGAGAGCGAGAAACAGAAGCUGGAGAAACUGACUUUCGAGGACAGGAAGCGGGAGAACUUUGAACGGGGCAACCUGGAGCUGGAGAAGCGUCGACAGGCCCUGCUGGAGCUGCAGCGCAAGGAGCAGGAGCGUCUGGCGGCGCUGGAGCGCGAGGAGCAGGAGAGGAAGGAGCGAGAGCGGCUCGAGCAGGAGAGGCGGCGGCAGCAGGAGCUGGAGAAGCAGCUGGAGAGGCAGAGGGAGAUGGAGAGGCAGCGGGAGGAGGAAAGACGCAAGGAGAUCGAGAGGAGAGAGGCGGCAAAGCGGGACCUGGAGCGUCAGCGUCAGUUGGAGUGGGAGAGGAACCGCCGGCAGGAGCUGCUGACCCAGAGGAACCGAGAGCAGGAGAACAUUGUCCUGCUCAAAGCCCGCAAGAAGACCCUGGAGUUAGAGCUGGAGGCACUGAACGACAAGAAGAGCCAGCUGGAGGGCAAGCUGCAGGACAUCCGCUUCCGCCUGUCUGCUCAGCGGCAUGAGAUCGAGAGCACCAACAAGACCCGCGAGAUCCGCAUCGCAGAGAUCACCCACCUCCAGCAGCAGCUGCAGGACUCUCAGCAGUGGCUCGGCAGGCUGAUCCCUGACAAACAGUGUUUAAACGAACAACUCAAACAGGUUCAACAGAACAGCCUGCACAGAGACUCCCUGUCGUCGCUGCAGAAGGCAGUGGAGGUCAAGGAGUCUAGUCGGCAGCAGCUGAGAGAACAGCUAGACACCGUGGAGAGAGAGACCCGCUCCAAGCUGCUGGAGAUAGACGCCUUCAACACCCAGCUCACGGAGCUCCGAGAGAUCCACAGCAAGCAGCAGAGGCAGAAGCAGAAGGAUCACCUGGAGGGAGAAAUCAACAUCCACGCCAUCGCCCAGGAGAGGGCCAAGUCCGCCGAGCUCACAGACGGAAGGUUGUCUGCCACUGACGAGGGCCUGGCGUGGCAAGAUGAGGGCACGGUGGAGGCCCCCACCCUGCCCCCCCAGCCCUGGAUGAAGCGCGUGAGUGAGGAGGAGGGGCGCACUAAGAAGGACAUGCAGGACAAACUCAACCAGCUCUUCAUGGAGCAGCCUGAACCAGGGAAACUCAUGAACCAGAGCCCAUGGCCCACGGGUGACAAGAUCCCGGUGACUGGGUUCAACCAGGACAAGGUCAAGGUGGUCUUCUACCGGGCGCUGUACCCCUUUGAUGCCCGCAGUCACGAUGAGAUCACCAUCACCCCCGGAGACAUUGUCAUGGUGAAAGGGGAGUGGGUGGACGAGUCCCAGACAGGUGAGCCAGGCUGGCUGGGCGGCGAGCUGAAGGGGAAGACGGGCUGGUUCCCUGCCAACUACGCAGAGAAGAUCCCAGAAUCUGAGGUUCCCAUGAGCCUGCGGGCCAGUGCUGCCACCACGGGCACCCCACCCAAACUGGCCUCACGGCUCACACCCACCGCCGUCUCCACCACACCCAUGCCACCCAGCCAGCCAAUGGCAACCCCUCCCCCGGCAACAGCUCCCCCUGCCCCCGGUCCCUGCCCUAGCCAUGGUCCCGCCUCUUCCUCCUCCUCGGCAUCUAGUAACUGGGCAGAUUUCAGCACCACAUGGCCGUCCACCAGCUCUGUGGAGAAGACUGAGACUGGGGAGGGCUGGGACGCUUGGCCCACCCAGCCGUCUCUCUCUGUGCCCAGUGCCGGGCCCGGGGGCCAGCUGCGCCAGCGCUCUGCCUUCACACCCGCCACCCUCACUGGCUCCUCUCCUUCUCCCGUCCUGGGACAGAAUUCCGACUCCAUCGCUGUCCACUUCCAGCACGAUAAGCACCGUCUAUGCAAGAGCACAGAGUACAUGAACCUUCACUUUAAAGUCAAGUGGUUCCACAACGAGUACGUCCGCGAACUGGCUGCCUUCAAGGACACACCCCCUGAGUAUUCUCU